AUGGCUUCAUUUGAUUUCCAAUCACUGUUUACGAAUGUUCCCGGUCGGGAGGUCAUACGUAUCAUGUGUGAUCAUGUGGAGCAAAACGAACUGAAAAUCGGUAUACCAGUAUCAGUUCUGGUACGACAAUUACUACUGUGCACAACAAACGUAUCGUUCUCCUUCCUUGGUUGGGCUUACAGACAAAUUGACGGUGUCGCAAUCCGAACUCCAUUGAGCCCCAUUCUGGCACAUAUGUUUUUGGCUCAUCUUGAGGAAAAGGCGAGCAAAAUCCUCGAACGUUCACAACUUUACAAACGAUACGUUGAUCAUGUUCUAGUCAUCACAAUAAGUCUAGAAGAGACAACAUGGAUUAUGGAUAAACUCGAUCGCCUGCAUCCGAAUAUACGAUUUACGAUGGAAACAGAAAUCGAAGAUACACUGCACUUCCUCGACAUUAAAAUGACUAGGAAUAAUGAUGGAACAAUGGCCAGAUCUGUUUACCGAAAAGAAACUUGGACAGGCCAAUGCUUGCAAUUUGACAGCUUUGUGUCUGUGGAAUAUGAACGUGGUCUGGUCCGAACACUAUUUCAAACAGCACGACAUAUAUGCACAGAUGACAUGAUUGACAACGAACUACGACAGCUGAAAGAAUCUUUGACUAGAAACGCUUAUCCCGAUGCGUUUAUCGAAAAGCACAGCAAGCCUAAAUUGAUCAGACAAACGAAUUGUUCAGCAGAAAAACUACUAGUCACCAUUUGUCUUCCAUUCAUACGUGAUGACAUCAAUUGCUUGCUCAAACGACCACUUGGAUCAGCGCUUGCCCAAAACAAAUAUUAUGCACCUGACCUCAGAAUUAUUCAUCGAACGAUUGAGAUCCCCACACCCUCGGUGAAACAACGUCCACCUCUGUACACCAAAUCGAAUCUGAUUUACCAAUUUCAGUGUAGUUGCGGAGCAACGUACGUGGGUCGAACAGAGCGCCAGUUACGUAACCGAGUGAUUGAAUAUAUUCCAAAUUGGGUACAACGUUUUGUGAUGCAAUCAGGGUCAGCUCAAAGGCAUAAUGACAACGUUCGAAACCAUAAGAUCCCGUCGUCGGCUGUCGGCCGUCGGCCGUCGGCCGUCGCUCGUCAUCUUCUGAUGACGCAACAUCCAGCUGACCGAAGCACUGCGUUUCGGGUCAUUUACGUGGCAAAGAAUACCAGGCUUUUGAGACAAAUUGACGGUGUCGCAAUCCGAACUCCAUUGAGCCCCAUUCUGGCACAUAUGUUUUUGGCUCAUCUUGAGGAAAAGGCGAGCAAAAUCCUCGAACGUUCACAACUUUACAAACGAUACGUUGAUCAUGUUCUAGUCAUCACAAUAAGUCUAGAAGAGACAACAUGGAUUAUGGAUAAACUCGAUCGCCUGCAUCCGAAUAUACGAUUUACGAUGGAAACAGAAAUCGAAGAUACACUGCACUUCCUCGACAUUAAAAUGACUAGGAAUAAUGAUGGAACAAUGGCCAGAUCUGUUUACCGAAAAGAAACUUGGACAGGCCAAUGCUUGCAAAUUGACAGCUUUGUGUCUGUGGAAUAUGAACGUGGUCUGGUCCGAACACUAUUUCAAACAGCACGACAUAUCUGCACAGAAGACAUGAUUGACAACGAACUACGACAGCUGAAAGAAUCUUUUACUAGAAACGCUUAUCCCGAUGCGUUUAUCGAAAAGCACAGCAAGCCCAAAUUGAUCAGACAAACGAAUUGUUCAGCAGAAAAACUACUAGUCACCCUUUGUCUUCCAUUCAUACGUGAUGACAUCAAUUGCUUGCUCAAACGACCACUUGGAUCAGCGCUUGCCCAAAACAAAUAUUAUGCACCUGACCUCAGAAUUAUUCAUCGAACGAUUGAGAUCCCCACACCCUCGGUGAAACAACGUCCACCUCUGUACACCAAAUCGAAUCUGAUUUACCAAUUUCAGUGUAGUUGCGGAGCAACGUACGUGGGUCGAACAGAGCGCCAGUUACGUAACCGAGUGAUUGAAUAUAUUCCAAAUUGGGUACAACGUUUUGUGAUGCAAUCAGGGUCAGAUCAAAGGCAUAAUGACAACGUUCGAAACCAUAAGAUCCCGUCGUCGGCUGUCGGCCGUCGGCCGUCGGCCGUCGCUCGUCAUCUUCUGAUGACGCAACAUCCAGCUGACCGAACCACUGCGUUUCGGGUCAUUUACGUGGCAAAGAAUACCAGGCUUUUGAGACAAAUUGACGGUGUCGCAAUCCGAACUCCAUUGAGCCCCAUUCUGGCACAUAUGUUUUUUGCUCAUCUUGAGGAAAAGGCGAGCAAAAUCCUCGAACGUUCACAACUUUACAAACGAUACGUUGAUCAUGUUCUAGUCAUCACAAUAAGUCUAGAAGAGACAACAUGGAUUAUGGACAAACUCGAUCGCCUGCAUCCGAAUAUACGAUUUACGAUGGAAACAGAAAUCGAAGAUACACUGCACUUCCUCGACAUUAAAAUCACUAGGAAUAAUGAUGGAACAAUGGCCAGAUCUGUUUACCGAAAAGAAACCUGGACAGGCCAAUGCUUGCAAUUUGACAGCUUUGUGUCUGUGGAAUAUGAACGUGGUCUGGUCCGAACACUAUUUCAAACAGCACGACAUAUCUGCACAGAAGACAUGAUUGACAACGAACUACGACAGCUGAAAGAAUCUUUUACUAGAAACGCUUAUCCCGAUGCGUUUAUCGAAAAGCACAGCAAGCCUAAAUUGAUCAGACAAACGAAUUGUUCAGCAGAAAAACUACUAGUCACCCUUUGUCUUCCAUUCAUACGUGAUGACAUCAAUUGCUUGCUCAAACGACCACUUGGAUCAGCGCUUGCCAAAAACAAAUAUUAUGCACCUGACCUCAGAAUUAUUCAUCGAACGAUUGAGAUCCCCACACCCUCGGUGAAACAACGUCCACCAAUGUACACCAAAUCGAAUCUGAUUUACCAAUUUCAGUGUAGUUGCGGAGCAACCUACGUAGGUCGAACAGAGCGCCAGUUACGUAACCGAGUGAUUGAAUAUAUUCCAAAUUGGGUACAACGUUUUGUGAUGCAAUCAGGGUCAGAUCAAAGGCAUAAUGACAACGUUCGAAACCAUAAGAUCCCGUCGUCGGCUGUCGGCCGUCGGCCGUCGGCCGUCGCUCGUCAUCUUCUGAUGACGCAACAUCCAGCUGACCGAACCACUGCGUUUCGGGUCAUUUACGUGGCAAAGAAUACCAGGCUUUUGAGACAAAUUGACGGUGUCGCAAUCCGAACUCCAUUGAGCCCCAUUCUGGCACAUAUGUUUUUGGCUCAUCUUGAGGAAAAGGCGAGCAAAAUCCUCGAACGUUCACAACUUUAUAAACGAUACGUUGAUCAUGUUCUAGUCAUCACAAUAAGUCUAGAAGAGACAACAUGGAUUAUGGAUAAACUCGAUCGCCUGCAUCCGAAUAUACGAUUUACGAUGGAAACAGAAAUCGAAGAUACACUGCACUUCCUCGACAUUAAAAUCACUAGGAAUAAUGAUGGAACAAUGGCCAGAUCUGUUUACCGAAAAGAAACUUGGACAGGCCAAUGCUUGCAAAUUGACAGCUUUGUGUCUGUGGAAUAUGAACGUGGUCUGGUCCGAACACUAUUUCAAACAGCACGACAUAUCUGCACAGAAGACAUGAUUGACAACGAACUACGACAGCUGAAAGAAUCUUUUACUAGAAACGCUUAUCCCGAUGCGUUUAUCGAAAAGCACAGCAAGCCCAAAUUGAUCAGACAAACGAAUUGUUCAGCAGAAAAACUACUAGUCACCCUUUGUCUUCCAUUCAUACGUGAUGACAUCAAUUGCUUGCUCAAACGACCACUUGGAUCAGCGCUUGCCCAAAACAAAUAUUAUGCACCUGACCUCAGAAUUAUUCAUCGAACGAUUGAGAUCCCCACACCCUCGGUGAAACAACGUCCACCUCUGUACACCAAAUCGAAUCUGAUUUACCAAUUUCAGUGUAGUUGCGGAGCAACCUACGUGGGUCGAACAGAGCGCCAGUUACGUAACCGAGUGAUUGAAUAUAUUCCAAAUUGGGUACAACGUUUUGUGAUGCAAUCAGGGUCAGAUCAAAGGCAUAAUGACAACGUUCGAAACCAUAAGAUCCCGUCGUCGGCUGUCGGCCGUCGGCCGUCGGCCGUCGCUCGUCAUCUUCUGAUGACGCAACAUCCAGCUGACCGAACCACUGCGUUUCGGGUCAUUUACGUGGCAAAGAAUACCAGGCUUUUGAGACAAAUUGACGGUGUCGCAAUCCGAACUCCAUUGAGCCCCAUUCUGGCACAUAUGUUUUUGGCUCAUCUUGAGGAAAAGGCGAGCAAAAUCCUCGAACGUUCACAACUUUAUAAACGAUACGUUGAUCAUGUUCUAGUCAUCACAAUAAGUCUAGAAGAGACAACAUGGAUUAUGGAUAAACUCGAUCGCCUGCAUCCGAAUAUACGAUUUACGAUGGAAACAGAAAUCGAAGAUACACUGCACUUCCUCGACAUUAAAAUCACUAGGAAUAAUGAUGGAACAAUGGCCAGAUCUGUUUACCGAAAAGAAACUUGGACAGGCCAAUGCUUGCAAAUUGACAGCUUUGUGUCUGUGGAAUAUGAACGUGGUCUGGUCCGAACACUAUUUCAAACAGCACGACAUAUCUGCACAGAAGACAUGAUUGACAACGAACUACGACAGCUGAAAGAAUCUUUUACUAGAAACGCUUAUCCCGAUGCGUUUAUCGAAAAGCACAGCAAGCCCAAAUUGAUCAGACAAACGAAUUGUUCAGCAGAAAAACUACUAGUCACCCUUUGUCUUCCAUUCAUACGUGAUGACAUCAAUUGCUUGCUCAAACGACCACUUGGAUCAGCGCUUGCCCAAAACAAAUAUUAUGCACCUGACCUCAGAAUUAUUCAUCGAACGAUUGAGAUCCCCACACCCUCGGUGAAACAACGUCCACCAAUGUACACCAAAUCGAAUCUGAUUUACCAAUUUCAGUGUAGUUGCGGAGCAACCUACGUGGGUCGAACAGAGCGCCAGUUACGUAACCGAGUGAUUGAAUAUAUUCCAAAUUGGGUACAACGUUUUGUGAUGCAAUCAGGGUCAGAUCAAAGGCAUAAUGACAACGUUCGAAACCAUAAGAUCCCGUCGUCGGCUGUCGGCCGUCGGCCGUCGGCCGUCGCUCGUCAUCUUCUGAUGACGCAACAUCCAGCUGACCGAACCACUGCGUUUCGGGUCAUUUACGUGGCAAAGAAUACCAGGCUUUUGAGACAAAUUGACGGUGUCGCAAUCGGAACUCCAUUGAGCCCCAUUCUGGCACAUAUGUUUUUUGCUCAUCUUGAGGAAAAGGCGAGCAAAAUCCUCGAACGUUCACAACUUUACAAACGAUACGUUGAUCAUGUUCUAGUCAUCACAAUAAGUCUAGAAGAGACAACAUGGAUUAUGGACAAACUCGAUCGCCUGCAUCCGAAUAUACGAUUUACGAUGGAAACAGAAAUCGAAGAUACACUGCACUUCCUCGACAUUAAAAUCACUAGGAAUAAUGAUGGAACAAUGGCCAGAUCUGUUUACCGAAAAGAAACCUGGACAGGCCAAUGCUUGCAAUUUGACAGCUUUGUGUCUGUGGAAUAUGAACGUGGUCUGGUCCGAACACUAUUUCAAACAGCACGACAUAUCUGCACAGAAGACAUGAUUGACAACGAACUACGACAGCUGAAAGAAUCUUUGACUAGAAACGCUUAUCCCGAUGCGUUUAUCGAAAAGCACAGCAAGCCUAAAUUGAUCAGACAAACGAAUUGUUCAGCAGAAAAACUACUAGUCACCAUUUGUCUUCCAUUCAUACGUGAUGACAUCAAUUGCUUGCUCAAACGACCACUUGGAUCAGCGCUUGCCCAAAACAAAUAUUAUGCACCUGACCUCAGAAUUAUUCAUCGAACGAUUGAGAUCCCCACACCCUCGGUGAAACAACGUCCACCUCUGUACACCAAAUCGAAUCUGAUUUACCAAUUUCAGUGUAGUUGCGAAGCAACCUACUUGGGUCGAACAGAGCGCCAGUUACGUAACCGAGUGAUUGAAUAUAUUCCAAAUUGGGUACAACGUUUUGUGAUGCAAUCAGGGUCAGAUCAAAGGCAUAAUGACAACGUUCGAAACCAUAAGAUCCCGUCGUCGGCUGUCGGCCGUCGGCCGUCGGCCGUCGCUCGUCAUCUUCUGAUGACGCAACAUCCAGCUGACCGAAGCACUGCGUUUCGGGUCAUUUACGUGGCAAAGAAUACCAGGCUUUUGAGACAAAUUGACGGUGUCGCAAUCCGAACUCCAUUGAGCCCCAUUCUGGCACAUAUGUUUUUGGCUCAUCUUGAGGAAAAGGCGAGCAAAAUCCUCGAACGUUCACAACUUUACAAACGAUACGUUGAUCAUGUUCUAGUCAUCACAAUAAGUCUAGAAGAGACAACAUGGAUUAUGGACAAACUCGAUCGCCUGCAUCCGAAUAUACGAUUUACGAUGGAAACAGAAAUCGAAGAUACACUGCACUUCCUCGACAUUAAAAUGACUAGGAAUAAUGAUGGAACAAUGGCCAGAUCUGUUUACCGAAAAGAAACCUGGACAGGCCAAUGCUUGCAAUUUGACAGCUUUGUGUCUGUGGAAUAUGAACGUGGUCUGGUCCGAACACUAUUUCAAACAGCACGACAUAUCUGCACAGAAGACAUGAUUGACAACGAACUACGACAGCUGAAAGAAUCUUUGACUAGAAACGCUUAUCCCGAUGCGUUUAUCGAAAAGCACAGCAAGCCUAAAUUGAUCAGACAAACGAAUUGUUCAGCAGAAAAACUACUAGUCACCAUUUGUCUUCCAUUCAUACGUGAUGACAUCAAUUGCUUGCUCAAACGACCACUUGGAUCAGCGCUUGCCAAAAACAAAUAUUAUGCACCUGACCUCAGAAUUAUUCAUCGAACGAUUGAGAUCCCCACACCCUCGGUGAAACAACGUCCACCAAUGUACACCAAAUCGAAUCUGAUUUACCAAUUUCAGUGUAGUUGCGGAGCAACCUACUUGGGUCGAACAGAGCGCCAGUUACGUAACCGAGUGAUUGAAUAUAUUCCAAAUUGGGUACAACGUUUUGUGAUGCAAUCAGGGUCAGAUCAAAGGCAUAAUGACAACGUUCGAAACCAUAAGAUCCCGUCGUCGGCUGUCGGCCGUCGGCCGUCGGCCGUCGCUCGUCAUCUUCUGAUGACGCAACAUCCAGCUGACCGAACCACUGCGUUUCGGGUCAUUUACGUGGCAAAGAAUACCAGGCUUUUGAGACAAAUUGACGGUGUCGCAAUCCGAACUCCAUUGAGCCCCAUUCUGGCACAUAUGUUUUUGGCUCAUCUUGAGGAAAAGGCGAGCAAAAUCCUCGAACGUUCACAACUUUAUAAACGAUACGUUGAUCAUGUUCUAGUCAUCACAAUAAGUCUAGAAGAGACAACAUGGAUUAUGGAUAAACUCGAUCGCCUGCAUCCGAAUAUACGAUUUACGAUGGAAACAGAAAUCGAAGAUACACUGCACUUCCUCGACAUUAAAAUCACUAGGAAUAAUGAUGGAACAAUGGCCAGAUCUGUUUACCGAAAAGAAACCUGGACAGGCCAAUGCUUGCAAUUUGACAGCUUUGUGUCUGUGGAAUAUGAACGUGGUCUGGUCCGAACACUAUUUCAAACAGCACGACAUAUCUGCACAGAAGACAUGAUUGACAACGAACUACGACAGCUGAAAGAAUCUUUGACUAGAAACGCUUAUCCCGAUGCGUUUAUCGAAAAGCACAGCAAGCCUAAAUUGAUCAGACAAACGAAUUGUUCAGCAGAAAAACUACUAGUCACCAUUUGUCUUCCAUUCAUACGUGAUGACAUCAAUUGCUUGCUCAAACGACCACUUGGAUCAGCGCUUGCCCAAAACAAAUAUUAUGCACCUGACCUCAGAAUUAUUCAUCGAACGAUUGAGAUCCCCACACCCUCGGUGAAACAACGUCCACCUCUGUACACCAAAUCGAAUCUGAUUUACCAAUUUCAGUGUAGUUGCGGAGCAACCUACGUGGGUCGAACAGAGCGCCAGUUACGUAACCGAGUGAUUGAAUAUAUUCCAAAUUGGGUACAACGUUUUGUGAUGCAAUCAGGGUCAGAUCAAAGGCAUAAUGACAACGUUCGAAACCAUAAGAUCCCGUCGUCGGCUGUCCGCCGUCGGCCGUCGGCCGUCGCUCGUCAUCUUCUGAUGACGCAACAUCCAGCUGACCGAAGCACUGCGUUUCGGGUCAUUUACGUGGCAAAGAAUACCAGGCUUUUGAGACAAAUUGACGGUGUCGCAAUCCGAACUCCAUUGAGCCCCAUUCUGGCACAUAUGUUUUUGGCUCAUCUUGAGGAAAAGGCGAGCAAAAUCCCCGAACGUUCACAACUUUACAAACGAUACGUUGAUCAUGUUCUAGUCAUCACAAUAAGUCUAGAAGAGACAACAUGGAUUAUGGACAAACUCGAUCGCCUGCAUCCGAAUAUACGAUUUACGAUGGAAACAGAAAUCGAAGAUACACUGCACUUCCUCGACAUUAAAAUCACUAGGAAUAAUGAUGGAACAAUGGCCAGAUCUGUUUACCGAAAAGAAACCUGGACAGGCCAAUGCUUGCAAUUUGACAGCUUUGUGUCUGUGGAAUAUGAACGUGGUCUGGUCCGAACACUAUUUCAAACAGCACGACAUAUCUGCACAGAAGACAUGAUUGACAACGAACUACGACAGCUGAAAGAAUCUUUGACUAGAAACGCUUAUCCCGAUGCGUUUAUCGAAAAGCACAGCAAGCCUAAAUUGAUCAGACAAACGAAUUGUUCAGCAGAAAAACUACUAGUCACCAUUUGUCUUCCAUUCAUACGUGAUGACAUCAAUUGCUUGCUCAAACGACCACUUGGAUCAGCGCUUGCCCAAAACAAAUAUUAUGCACCUGACCUCAGAAUUAUUCAUCGAACGAUUGAGAUCCCCACACCCUCGGUGAAACAACGUCCACCUCUGUACACCAAAUCGAAUCUGAUUUACCAAUUUCAGUGUAGUUGCGGAGCAACCUACGUGGGUCGAACAGAGCGCCAGUUACGUAACCGAGUGAUUGAAUAUAUUCCAAAUUGGGUACAACGUUUUGUGAUGCAAUCAGGGUCAGAUCAAAGGCAUAAUGACAACGUUCGAAACCAUAAGAUCCCGUCGUCGGCUGUCGGCCGUCGGCCGUCGGCCGUCGCUCGUCAUCUUCUGAUGACGCAACAUCCAGCUGACCGAAGCACUGCGUUUCGGGUCAUUUACGUGGCAAAGAAUACCAGGCUUUUGAGACAAAUUGACGGUGUCGCAAUCGGAACUCCAUUGAGCCCCAUUCUGGCACAUAUGUUUUUGGCUCAUCUUGAGGAAAAGGCGAGCAAAAUCCCCGAACGUUCACAACUUUACAAACGAUACGUUGAUCAUGUUCUAGUCAUCACAAUAAGUCUAGAAGAGACAACAUGGAUUAUGGAUAAACUCGAUCGCCUGCAUCCGAAUAUACGAUUUACGAUGGAAACAGAAAUCGAAGAUACACUGCACUUCCUCGACAUUAAAAUCACUAGGAAUAAUGAUGGAACAAUGGCCAGAUCUGUUUACCGAAAAGAAACUUGGACAGGCCAAUGCUUGCAAUUUGACAGCUUUGUGUCUGUGGAAUAUGAACGUGGUCUGGUCCGAACACUAUUUCAAACAGCACGACAUAUCUGCACAGAAGACAUGAUUGACAACGAACUACGACAGCUGAAAGAAUCUUUGACUAGAAACGCUUAUCCCGAUGCGUUUAUCGAAAAGCACAGCAAGCCUAAAUUGAUCAGACAAACGAAUUGUUCAGCAGAAAAACUACUAGUCACCAUUUGUCUUCCAUUCAUACGUGAUGACAUCAAUUGCUUGCUCAAACGACCACUUGGAUCAGCGCUUGCCAAAAACAAAUAUUAUGCACCUGACCUCAGAAUUAUUCAUCGAACGAUUGAGAUCCCCACACCCUCGGUGAAACAACGUCCACCUCUGUACACCAAAUCGAAUCUGAUUUACCAAUUUCAGUGUAGUUGCGGAGCAACCUACGUGGGUCGAACAGAGCGCCAGUUACGUAACCGAGUGAUUGAAUAUAUUCCAAAUUGGGUACAACGUUUUGUGAUGCAAUCAGGGUCAGAUCAAAGGCAUAAUGACAACGUUCGAAACCAUAAGAUCCCGUCGUCGGCUGUCGGCCGUCGCUCGUCAUCUUCUGAUGACGCAACAUCCAGCUGA